GUUCAACCCUGUGGGCUAAUGGCACGCGUGUUCGUAACAGUCGGCACCACGGAGUUCGACAAACUGGUGCGGACAGUGACAUCUAGCGAGAUGCUACGGACGCUUAGUUCUCGCGGCUACGGUGAGAUGGUGCUGCAGAUCGGCAGCGGCGAGACAGAGCCGACGUCCGGCACGGCUGAGGGCGUGAUGGUGCGGUGGUUUCGGUCCAAGCCGAGCAUAGCCGACGACAUCGCGGCGGCGGACCUGGUGAUCGGCCAUGCCGGGGCCGGCACCUGUCUGGAGACGCUGAGGGCCAAGAAGCCGCUGGUGGUGGUGACGAACUCGGACCUGAUGGGCAACCACCAGGCGGAGCUGGCGGAGCGGCUGGCGGCCGGCGGCCACCUGUUGCACUGCUCCUGCCAGACGCUCGGCGACACGCUGGCGCACAUGGAGCUGAGUCGGCUGAAGCCGCUGCCGCCCGGCGACCCGCGGCCUUUCGCCCGACACCUGGAGCGCGCGCUGGGCUUCAGCUGAGCGGUCCGGCCUCAGCCCUUCACGGAUAACAGCGGCGCGGGCGGCCCGCGCCGUCGCCAGCGACCAUGCGACCCCGGAUCCGGCGCCGGUCCGUGGCGGAGGGUGGCGUCGUGAGGCUGUGACG